CGAAGAGAACAGAAAAUAUCCAACAUCCGUUGAUUCGUGGCUCAAGCUGCCCUGAACUGGUUUCUCUUCGCAUCUGCUACAGAAAAGACCCCCCUUGUGCGCACGUUGUGCCGAACAAUGGCGCGCGUGCUGGCGGCGAUGCUGAUGGCGCUCGCCUUCGUGCGGGCUGCCGCCCUGGACACGGAAGAGUCGGAGGAUCGCCCCCACGGCGCCCGCAGGCGCGCCCGUGAGCGCGCGCUCAAGUCGGAGACCGACCUCGACAUAGCCAAGACCGGUUGCGCCCAGCUCGGCGGCGACAAAUGGUUCGCGGACGCGCACGGCGAGCUCUUCCAGGUGAAGCAGGAUCACUGCACGAUCACCUUCGGCCUGAAGACCAAGAGCGGCGAGACGGUGGAGAAGAGCGGCAUCGUCAGGGGCGCCAAGGUGUUCGUGGAGCCGCCCUUCCCCGAGGGCGAGGUGCUCGGAGCCGCCGUCCGGUUCGCGAACGGCGCCGCGUGGGAGCGCAAGUGGUGAGCGCCCGCGCCGCGGGCCCGCCUCGGCGCGCGUGCUACCCCCCCAGACCCGGGCCAGCCCAGUGCAGGCCUCGCCUCGUAGAGCCCGCGGGCGAGACAAAAGCAAGCACAACAGGGCAAGCACGACUUCGGCCGUCUUGCCGCUUCUUCUUUCCUCCUCCUCCUCCUCCUCCUCCUCCUCCUCCUCCUCCU